AUGCCACGUCCGGGUAAAUCUUCGUAUUCAGACGAAAAGCCACCAUAUUCGUAUAUUGCUUUGACAGCAAUGGCGAUUCAACAAAGUCCAGACAAGAUGUUGCCACUGAGUGACAUUUAUAAGUUUAUUACCGACCGAUUUCCAUAUUAUCGAACGAAUACACACAAGUGGCAGAAUUCUUUACGACAUAAUCUAUCGUUUAAUGAUUGUUUUAUUAAAAUUCCACGGCGAAUCGAUCGACCUGGUAAAGGAAAUUUGUGGGCGUUGCAUAACAAAUGUGGCGACAUGUUCGAAAAUGGAAGUUAUCUCCGACGACGAAAGCGUUUUAAAUUAUUAAAGACAUCCUAUGGAGAUAAGAAAAGCAAUGAAAAAACUUAUACAGGUACAUCCUCCAAUCGACCACAGAGAAAAUCAUCGUUUUUCAUUGAUAAUCUUCUCGGAAACGAUACAAAUACAAGUUAUACAUCAUCGUCGUGCGAAACAAAUAGUCCAACAUUGAAAAAUCUCUUCUACUCAAACGACUGGAAUGUUGUACAAAAAUUAGCAUUUUUCAGUGAUAUACAUGGAAAGAAACAACAACAGGUUUACUAG